CUCCACAGGAAGUCGGAAAAGAAGAAGGCAGGAAAUAAUUGUAAAUCACACAGGACUGUCAAAGGCUUUAUCCAGCGAUUUCUUUUUUCGACCAUCAAAAAUAAAGAUGUGGAAGGCAGCAGCCGGUCAGUCGGUCAGCGUUGCUGUGGACAACGGUGCGGAUGAUUGGGAAACAGACCCAGACUUUGAGAAUGACGUGACGGAGAAGGAGCAGCGCUGGGGGGCGAAGACGGUGGCCGGCUCCGGCCACCAGGAACACAUCAAUAUCCAUCAGCUACGUGAGAAGGUGUCGACGGAACACACGUCUCUGAAGCAGCAGGAGCUGGAGAACAUGCCCAAGGCUUCGCACGGCUACGGGGGCAAGUUUGGAGUGCAGCAAGAUCGCAUGGACAAGUCUGCAGUAGGCCAUGAGUACCAGAGCAAGCUUUCAAAGCACUGCUCACAGACCGACACCUCCAAAGGAUUUGGCGGGAAGUUUGGCGUGCAGGCUGAUCGUGUUGACCAGUCUGCUGUUGGGUUUGAGUAUGCUGGCAAGACAGAGAAACAUGCAUCGCAGAAAGACUACUCCACUGGGUUUGGAGGCAGGUACGGGGUGCAGGCGGACCGCGUGGACCAGAGUGCAGUGGGAUUCGACUACCAGGGGAAAACUGAGAAACAUGAGUCCCAGAAAGAUUAUGCCAAAGGCUUUGGUGGUAAAUUUGGAGUAGAGACAGACAAAGUGGACAAGAGUGCGGUGGGCUUUGAGUACGAAGGCAAAACGGAAAGACACGAGUCCCAGAAAGACUAUGUGAAAGGCUUCGGGGGAAGAUUCGGUGUGCAGUCGGACAGGCAGGACAAGUCAGCAGUCGGCUGGGACCACCAGGAAAAACUGCAGCUGCACGAGUCACAAAAAGACUACUCUAAGGGAUUUGGAGGGAAGUUUGGGGUUCAGAAGGACAGAAUGGAUAAGAGCGCUGGGACAUUUGAGGAAGUUGAAAAGCCAAGUCCAGCCUACCAGAGAACCAAGCCUGUGGAGGCUGCUGGCAGCAGCACAGGCAGCAUCAAGGCCCGCUUCGAGAACAUCGCCAAACAGAAGGAGGAGGAGGACAAGAAGAGGACAGAGGAUGAGCGAGCACGGAGACAGUUGAAGGAGAAGCAGGAACAGGAGGAGGCGCGUCGCAAGAUGGAUGAAGUCAAAGCUCAACCAGCCUCUCCCGUGCCAAGCCCAACCCCUCCCGCCCAGGCACCGACCCCUGUGUAUGAGGACACGGACGUGUACCAGGACCCCGCCCCCCAGGCCGCAUCAGAGAAUGGGGAGCAGCUGUAUGAGGCGGAGCCCAGCCCCCAGCCACCCGCCCAGCAGGAAGCGCUCUACCAGAACCCUGAUGACUACCAGGCUGACGGGGGAGAUGCCCAGACGUACGAGUAUGGGGAGGACCAGGGGGUGACCGCUGUGGCACUGUAUGACUACCAAGCAGCUGGAGAUGAUGAGAUUUCCUUUGACCCGGACGACAUCAUCACCAACAUCGAGAUGAUUGACGAGGGCUGGUGGCGGGGUGUUUGCCGGGGUGCGUACGGACUGUUCCCCGCCAAUUAUGUUGAAUUACGACAGUGAUCAUGCGCACUUUCGCACCAUUAAGAAGCCUCUUUUUGUUUGUCUCUCUCUUUAAUAUUAUGUUGCUCCAUCUGGGUUCAGCUUUGUUUCUUCAGUCUUUUACUCCCUAUCCUUCUACCUCUUGUCUCUCUGCCAGAUACCUCUGUACUGCUAGCAAGAGGUUCACUUCUCUUUACAGGUCUGCUAGUGAGAGGUUCACUUCUCUGUACAGGUCUGCUAGUGAGAGGUUCACUUCUCUGUACAGGUCUGCCAUUGAGAGAUAGACUUCAGUGUCCUGGACGUGGUAGAAUGACUGGAGUACUCAGGCGUUUAGGCUGCUUUCCCAGAGGGAACAAACAAUGCUUUCUUAUCUCAUUUUGGAAUCAAAUAAGAAUGACAAGAGUUCCAUAUAUAUCUUGUUUCAGACUUACCUAAAAAGUUUUUGCUGCUCUGCCUUCCUGCUCCAUCUUAGGGUUCUAUUAUAUCUAUUUAUAGUUUGCCUACCUGCAGUAAGUAAAUUUAGGUUCACCAAAGAAAGGGUUGGAUUAGUUUGAUCACAAGCCUGGUAAAGCAAUCUCCUCGUGUGGGCUCAUGUACUGGGCCCUUGCACCUCAUUACAAACUUAUUGCCUUAUGGUGGGUUGGUUAAGAACUGGAUAUAUGAUAUGCAGUUGUUCUUAUCACUUCUGGGGCGGUAGGCUGGAGAUAAGUCUGGUUUGAGAAAGCAGGAAGCCAUAAUUCAGCUGAUUUGCCACAGUAGAAGGUAGAAAUCUGAAAGACAUGAAUAUUGUUUUUAACACUACAUACUUGCAUGAGUGUUUGAACUAUCUAUACAGUUUCUAAAACGCACUACACAGACCUACAUAAGCUCUGAAAUGAAGUGAAUUGAAAAUGGUGGCACGUCAGUGUGUCUCGGCUAAGAUAAGGCCUGCUGAAGCGGUUAUAAAACCGUAUUAAUAAAGUCACCCAUUGUUCUCUUUGCUGAAAACGUAUAACAGAUACCAGAGUACAUUUGAACGUUCUGCUGUUUUUGCUUCUCUUGCUAUCUCAACACCCAGUUCCAUCCUCUGGCGGUACUGUAAACUGCUCUGGUAAAUAUGUCGAGUUUUUGGAUGUGGACAAACCUGGCCACAGAUGCUGCCUGUGAUUUUGUCUAGUGUAGCAUUGCAUACUAUUGUGGGGCUUGGUGUAUUCACACACUGACAUCCUUUUUCUAAGUGGACCAAUGUGUUAAUGAGGAAAAUUAUUAAGAAAGUUAUAAUCUAGUUGUUUUAUAUUUAAAAAUGGCUUGAACGAUAGCAGGCUAAAAGGGAACCUUUUCUUUGGUGGAUGCUAAUUAUCUAAACUGACUAUCUCUUGUCGUUAUGGCAAGUUGCGUAGCUUCUUGUCAUUAUGGCAAGUUGUGUAGCUUACAGUUGAGUAGGUAUAUGAGUGGGAUAUCUAAUCUAAUUCCAUUAGGGUUUGGGGUUUUGUAAUAAAAUUAUGCAUUCUUUUAAUCUGUAUUUUAAUUGUAUUCUGCUUGCACACAUCUAUCAUUAUUGCUGUUUAUUUUUGAGUAAAUGUUUUCAAUAAACAAAUAAACCUGUCAAUUUGUA